UAGGGCGGGUGGAGUACGGUGGCCGCAGAGCGACGGCGACGGGCUCGGCCGGCCGGCGCGGGGCCGCCAUGGGCAACCUGUUCGGCCGCAAGAAGCAGAGCCGGGUCACCGAACAAGACAGGGCCAUCCUGCAACUGAAGCAACAAAGGGACAAGCUGAGGCAGUACCAGAAGAGGGUCACGCAGCAGCUGGAGAGGGAGCGGGCUCUGGCCAGGCAGCUGCUGCGGGAUGGCAGGAAAGAACGGGCCAAGCUGCUGCUCAAGAAGAAGAGGUACCGGGAGCAACUGCUUGAUCGGACAGAAAACCAGAUCAGCAGCCUGGAAGCCAUGGUCCAGAGCAUCGAGUUCACACAGAUCGAGAUGAAGGUGAUGGAGGGGCUUCAGGUGGGGAAUGAAUGUCUGAAUAAGAUGCACCAGGUGAUGUCCAUAGAGGAAGUGGAGAGGAUCCUGGACGAGACCCAGGAGGCAGUGGAGUACCAGCGGCAAAUUGAUGAGCUACUGGCAGGAAGCUUCACCCAGGAGGACGAGGAUGCCAUCCUGGAGGAGCUGAAUGCAAUCACUCAGGAACAAAUGGAGUUACCAGAGGUUCCGUCGGAGCCCCUCCCUGACAGAAACCCAGAAGCCCCUGCCAAGGCCAGAUCCAGGCAGGCAGAGCUGGUGGCGGCUUCAUAACCGGGCCUCUCCAGGGACUCAUAGGGAUUCUCUGAGGACUGGCCCACAGAGCCUUUGGCUGCGAGUCAACCCUGGGGGCUCCUGGACUGGCCAGUGCAGGUGCUGAUGGCUGGAGCAGCCGCUUACACGGGCGCUGACAUCACGGCACCUCACUGUGCCCCUCGAAGUUCAGUCCGGAUGCACCUUUGUCUCUUCCUCCUUGUGGACUAAGUGGACCCUCGACCAGCCAGGCCCAGCUUCAGGCAGCUGUGGACCCCAUGGGGGCUGCAGCCCACUACUCCUGGUGCUGUUCUUGUGCUGACCCAGCCCGUGUGAUCUGCGCUCUUUUGUGAGGAAGCCCCUCAGACUUCGGGGUCCCUGUGCGCCCUCUCUGUCUCUGCUGCUCCCAGGAGCUGGUGGGGGCUUCAGGUGAGGCGUUCUCACCUUGCCUGGCAUCCUGAGAGCCCUCAGUGUUCCUGCAGGCUAGUGGCAGAAACCCUAGCACACUGGCGUUCUCCAGACCUCUUGGAGCAUCUUUGGCACCUCAGACUUAAGCCUCUUAUGUUGCAGAAGGUAGACCAGGGGCCAUCCUGCUGAAUGGACAAAUCUAGGAGCCUGACUUGGGGGUCUGUCCAUAAAAGAAAGACGUGGAAGGUGGUCACAAGACCCUGCUGUAAUCGGCGUACCCCAUGGAGUCCUGGACACACUAGGCCACCAACCAGGAGGCACAGAGCUCAGAAGUGACCUCCAGAGCACUGCGCUUGUUUGAUUGCGGACAAUCUCCGGUCCUCGGGUCUUUGAGGAACCAAGGGUCUUAUGUACCCUUAGGGCCUCCCAGGAAAGGAGGGCGUCUCUUCCUUAACCCCAAACAGGUCAACCUCAGUAUUAAAGUUGACCCCUGCAUGGUCUCUGGCCUCUUGGACUUGA